ACUUGAAGCUUGUCAACACCCCGCCACAACCUCUCAACAGCCUUACAAAUAUCACGGAAAUCCAUAGAAGGUGCCAAUAUAACAGACUUUUCCACUCUCGCAUCUACUUGAACUGAGUACCGACCGAUUGUUUUUUGAACUUCAAGCUUAUCCUAUAAUCCAUCACAUCUUCUGGAACAAUUACGCCUACUACGAGUUAUUCAAAUUAUCAUGGCCUCCAACGUUGUUGUCAUCGAUAAGUUCUUCAACAGAGCGACCAUAAAAGUUACUCCCGGAACUUAUAUGAGUGAGGUUGUCUCGGAAGCAUGUAAGAAGCUUGGAAAGAAAAAUACUAACUAUGAUCUCAAAAGGUAAAUGAGCUCCCAAGAUCUAUUCCCCAUCCGGCAAAUAAGCUGUCAAAACCCAGUUCUUCUUCCAACAUUUCUCUAACACUCACCAUAGGAGUAAUGACAAACCUAUAGACCUUUCCCAAACAUACCGUCAAACAGGUCUCACCACCGGCGCAAAACUCACCUUAGUCGAAGCUUCUAGAUCUCCCGCUCCUGUCUCCAUUGCGCUGCAAUUACCACAAGAUCUCGCGUCUGCUGUUCCUGGCGGCAGAUUAAAAGAUACCUUUCCCAGUAAUACAACACUAUGGCUUAUCCUCCGCAAGUUCGAGUCCAGCAACGCAUCCGCCAAUCUCAACUUCACGGGAAGAGGGGUAGCGCAGCUACAAAAUGGCACGUCAGGAGCUGGUCGCAUGAUAUAUGAGAUGCCGGUACUCAAUGUGAUGGGAAGGGAAAUGGCUACAUUUGGAGAUUUACAAAAGACACUUGCAAAUUUAGGAUUGAAUAAGGGAACAGGAUUACUCAGGCUUACGUUUAGGCCGACAGAUCAACCGAUUGAAGAGGCUAUGAAGGAUAUUGGGGAAUAUUUCAAGGAGGAAGAGAACGUACCUGAACCUACUGCAGAAACACCACAGCAAGGUGAAUCUGUGACAGAUGGUAUCGCAAAUCUACCUUCUCCAGACCAGAAAAACGAAGAUGUGAAUAUGGAUUCUGAUCCCUCAGAUACAACUCCAUAUUCAACACCUACUCCCGCUGGCGCAUCAACAAACAUCACACCCUCAAUUCCGCCCACAUCCUCCACCAACUCUUCAACUUCUCCCCCAAUCCUAGGCCCCGAUGGCCUCCCCUUAACCAUCUUCUCCGCGCCCAGCAACGACACUCCUCUCGCGGCCCUUAGCCCCCACAACGAAGACGACUACAUUCCCACCAUUCGACACGCCAAACUCGUACAGUCGCGUCUUCAAAGCAGCUCCCAAAACACUAAACUCCUCUCCUACGACGAAGAACUCGCCCUCGAAACAGAACGGCUCGCUCGCUUAUCCAAAAUCAAAGAAAUCCCCUUGAGGAUUCGAUUCCCGGAUCAAAUGGCCGUUAGUAAAUCCAUUAAUAAUGAACAUCAUGGAAAAUGGCUCUAUGGCUAUGUGCGCGGAUUAAUCGUUUAUGAAAAUGAACCCUUCAAAUUGAUAUAUCAGGGCAACAAGGGAAGGGAAACUAUACCGAACGACGAUACAAAAUCCCUCAUCAGAGAUCUAGGAAUUCAGGGUCCGACGGUUAUCAAUUUAGCGUGGGAUGGCGGAGCGAAUGUUGAGGCGUUGAAGGGAAAACCCGUGUUGAAGGAUAUUUAUAGGGAAAAGGCUACGCAACAACCGGUCCCAAUUGUGGAGAGCACGGAAGAUGGAGAAGAGGAGAAAAAGGUCGAGGUUAAGAAAGAUGACGAGAGUGGAGGGGGAGAAAAGAAGAAGAGGGGUCUGCAGAAUCUUAUUAUGAAGAAUUUGAAGAAGAGGUAGAGGGGCAUGAUAUAGAUAUGGAGAGGGAAAGGAAUGAUGUAGGGAGAGCUUAAUACAUGUUCAUGAUGGCCAAGUAGAGAGAAUGGGAGGUACACUGUGAUCAGUGUUGGAUGUUAAUGAUUUAUGAUGGUACUAUUGAAUGGGUGUAGUGAGCUUCUUCCAUCUUAUAUACCUCGAUCGACAAGCUGUUAGGAAAGGAAAGCAUAGCACGAGGCGUUUUUGUUGCUCAAUUUUCCACUAGCUCAAGAUUUCCCAAUUCCAAGAAACAAUUCACAAAGCAGUUACACAUCAAGGAUAAUGGAAAUAAUUGUUGAAGGUA